AUGUUUGUGAACGCUGGGCACUCCGCGCACAUCCUCUCAGCGGCCGGAUAUGCGCUGCUCAAUUGGUUCCAAGGGUUGGUGGCAGCCAUCUUGCCAGCGCACGAGCGUGCCAAGAACGGAUGCGCCUAUGGGAUGAUGCAGAAAACCUUCGCCCCGCAGGAGAUGAGCUCCUAUGACAACGUCGACUACUACAAAGAGUACUAUGGGGUGAUCAUCGUGCGGACCCUCCUGUUUCUGGUUGGCCUCAUUUGGAUGCAGCACCUCAUGGUGAGACGGGUUCUGGCCGUUGAGACCACGUCCCGGCGCUACCUGGGAGGAAAGCGCCCUUGGCUGCGCCCGUUGUGGUGA